CUACCAGGAAUGCAACAAAGCUUUCCUCUUCCUCCAGGCAUUCCCUUGGGGUGAUAGAGUGGGUCUGAAAUGCUGGUCAGUCCAGUGCAAAUCCUCACUUGUGUCUAUCCGGGGGCAGUGCAGCCGAACCACUCUGGUAAUGGCAACACAGGGUGCAUGGGAAGGAUGAAAGUGAAGCAUGCAACUGAGGUGGGUGCCAGGCUGCACUUGCCUGGUAAUGGGAAUACCUGCCUGCUAGUCAACAUGGGGCUUGCUCCCCGGCUCCCGAUCUCUCACGGAAAUGCUGUGUGCUCUCUCUAGGUAUGGCUCACACGCAGCUUUUUAUAAGUACAAGACCAGUACAGGACGGAGCCUCCCAUUAUUUUACAUUUAUGAUUCUUAUCUGACACCUCCCGAAUCCUGGGCCAACCUCUUCACCCCGUCGGGCUCUCAUUCCCUGCGCAAUACCCCGUAUGAUGCAGUGUUCAUAGCACUGCUGGUGGAAGAAGGACACAAGCAUGACAUCCUCUCCGCAGGAUACGAUGGCAUGUACACGUAUUUUGCAUCCAAUGGCUUCUCUUUCGGAUCAUCCCACCAGAACUGGAAAACUCUCAAAGCCUUCUGCGACUCAAACAACCUGAUGUUCAUUCCCAGCGUCGGCCCAGGCUACAUUGACACUAGUAUCCGCCCAUGGAACAACCACAACACUCGUAACCGAGUCAAUGGGAAAUAUUAUGAAACAGCUCUGCAGGCGGCACUCAUGGUGCGGCCGGAGAUUGUCUCCAUCACUUCCUUCAAUGAGUGGCACGAAGGCACUCAGAUUGAGAGAGCCGUCCCUAAGAAGACACUGACACGCCUGUAUCUGGACUACCUGCCGCAUCAGCCGAACAUGUAUCUGGAGCUGACCCGCAGAAUCAAAAGACGUGCAACCAGUGGCAAUAAACUGUAACAGAAAACACUAAUGUGUUCUCCCAGAAGGAAGUUACAUCACUAUAGAAUAAAUAUCCUUUUUAGUAACCAUGGUACAUGCAGGCCCUUCUAAAUCGGUUGUUUUAAGAACUCGUUUGUACUUGUCUUUUUCUUAAUAAAGUGAGAAGUGGCAGCUUUA